AAUCGGAAACAAAAUCAGGUAUCGAAGCUACUUAACGUUGCUAGAUUUCAGAAGGCUGAUUAUGGAGACUCCUGAUUUCAGCCAUAUUGACCCAGAUUUGGUCUAUGAGCCUCGAGAAGACUCGUUUCUUCUCCUUGACGCUCUGGAGAGAGACCUCGAAUUGAUCAAGAAUUUGCGUCCAACCAUUGCUUGUGAAAUUGGUCCAGGGUCAGGUAUCAUUUUAGCAGCCCUCUCAAAGGUUCUGGGAACAUCUUGUUUCUGCUUAGGAAUUGACGUUUCCGCCUAUGCAUGUGAAACUACAAAAGUAACUUUUACAAGAAAUCGAUACGGAAAUUCAUUCGAUGUUUUGAACAUGGAUUUGCUUAGUGGGUUGAGGUUACAAUCGAAAGCAAAAUUCGAUGUCUUGGUUUUCAAUCCUCCGUACGUGUGUUGCGAAGAAUCCGAGGAAAUAGACCCGAACAAUGGGCUUCUGGACAAAACGUGGAAUGGGGGCGCGAAAGGUACAAAUACAUUGGAUCGGCUGAUUUUAGAUUUAGAUAAGUUGAUGGCGCCUAGUGGUCUGUUUUACGUGGUGGCUAUAUCGAAGAAUGAUAUAGUCCGUUUAAGUGAACGCAUCUCAAAAAGAGGGUUUUCAGCUCCCACAGUUGUCAAAGAGCGAAAAAUAAUAGGUGAACAUCUGCACGUCUUGAGGUUCCAACGUCUUGAGAACUAAUAAAUAGAGGUGAAGUGAACUCUGCCGAUCUUUUCAAAGAGGAUCUUUACGCUGCUCUGGACGUCGAAAGCGCAGCCGAGGAAAAGGAAAUCAGAAAAGCAUAC